CAAUCUAAACAAACCAGAGGUAGCCUGAAAUUGUUUAUGGCUGGAAGGGUCCUGAGAGAUUGGCAUAAAUGUUCCCAAGAAAGAGAUGAUGUUGGCCUGGACUACACUGGCAGCAGUGGUCAAAUUCUGUACACAUUUGGAAGUAGUGCAUGUAGGUUUUGCUACCUGAUUAUAUGUGGCCUUUGAAAAAGAAGAAAGUCAAAAAUGACACUAAAACUGUUGACCUGAGCAACAUGAAGAAUAGAGUUACCUGUUUUCAAGUAAGACAGUGACAGAAUGGAAUAUCAGGAGAUCAGUGGAGACUUGUUAAGUAUGAGAUGCCUAUAGAGUCUAUAGACAACUGGAUAUAAACCUCUGAGUUCAGGAUAGAGGACUAGACUGGAACUCCCAAACUUGGAGUUGAUAGCAUAUAGAUGAUAUUUAAAGCCAUGGGACCAAAUGAGAUCAUAUCCAGAAAGGAAUACAGAUAGGUGAGGAAAUUCUGGAUGUAUUUUGUCAUUAGAAUGGACAAGAUUUGCUGGCAGUUUAACUGCAGGUAUAAAAGGUAAGAUUCCAGGAUGACUUCAGUGAUUUAGAGGAAAAAAAUGAAGUUAUUAAUGGCGUGAUCCUGGAUCUCUCCAUUAUUGGAGACAAAGAGGAAUCAGCAAACCAGACUGAGAAGGAAUGUUUAGAAAUGAAGGAGUCAAACCAGGGAUGUGUGACAUCUUAAAAACCAAAUGAAGAAAGUGUUUCAAGGGGCAAGCAAUAGAUUAACAUGGAUCAACAUGAAAACUGAAAAAUGACAAUUGGAUUUCACAUGAUGGAGAUCAUGGUCAAUCAUGCUUAAAGAAGAGGGGACUGAGAGAAAAUGGAAAACGGUAAUGAUGGGAAUUAAGUGAGAACAAAGGAAGAAAAACUGCAGACAGAGAUUACAAGAUUAUAGACAAUUCUAAGGCUUUUUGCUAUAAAAGAGAGAAAUGAGGCAAGAUUGCAAGGGGAGGUGUGGUUACUUUUCAUUUGUUUUUAGGAUGGAAAAAUACUAGCAUGUAUUUAUAUUAAUAAUGUCAUCAAAGAAGGGAACUAAAGACAUGAGAAAGCAGGGGAGAGAGAGUUGCUAAAGCAAUACAGAGGGUGGGGUAGUAGAUAAGAGAAGUACUGGUCUUUGCUAGAAACAUUGACCUAUUAUGAAUACAAACACGAGAAAAGGUAAAAUAUUUUUUGGCAAGGUGUUGGUAGGUGAAUUGAUGUCCUGGUAGCCUAUAGAAUUUGUCUUCUAAUUAAUUCUCUUUUCUCCAUGGAUCAGGAAACUAGGUCAUCAGCCAAGAGGAAGUUUGGAAAGAGAGAAGACAUGAAAUGUUCAAGGAAAGUGUGAGUGUGAAUGGAUCAGAGAUAUAUCUAUCAAAGAAUUGUUAGGAAGUAUAUCAAUCCACUUCAGAUGGGUUUUCAUGAACUGGAAAUGAGAAAAGACUGCAUGGAUUUGUAUUUUCCUUUAGUCAUAUCCAUUGACUGGGGGAAGGUAAGUUUAGAUGGAUGUUUCAUAUUUAACUAGCUCUGUGGUUUAGGAAGACAAGUAAGAAAAGGAAUGGGGGCAAACAUAUUGAAGGUAUAUGCAUGGGAAUAAUAAUGAUUAACUAGGGAAAUUAACCUAGUUAAGUAGGGAAGUGAGGACACAAAGUAGGGUGGUCAAGGUCAGUGAAAGGUGGCAGAAUUAAUGGACUGUAGGUACAUGGAAUUGCAAGGAUUUUUUUGAUGAGAAGAAAGUGAGCUGAAAUAAGAGAGGUGAUGUUCAAAAGUAUGUUUGAAAUUGUGAUUAUGAAGGGAUCUCAGUUAUUAUUAAAUGUAAGGUGUACAAUGUGGCCGUGGGUGAGAGGCUGGGGGUAGGCUGGAGGAAAGAUCAGGGGAGGGGGUUCAUCUCUGCCAGGAGGAAGGUAAUAUCUUGGUUUGCAAGAGUUCAAGCCAUUAGGUCUAUCACUGAUGGAAAGGGAGUUAAUUGUAAGAAAGUUGCUAAAUUUCUACCCAAAAUUUCUGCUUAGCAGUUAAUCUAAGAUCCUGAGCGAAGAAUCUGGGUCUGGGCAAACCUCGGGCUGGCUUCCAACCACCAGGUGAGAGAAGCUCUCGGCGUUGCUAGGCAACUGAAAACAGCGGCCCUCCGCGUUCUGGUCUCUGGCCCACUUCUGCACUAGGCAAAGUUCUGGCCGGCUUUGACUCCUGCACUAGGCAAGGGCCUGGCUAACGGGGCCUGUGAGCUAGGGGGCCAAGGCUGAAAAGCAGGUGGGGCAGUUAGGAGCCCUAGGAACAUCCUGGUCCCACUGAAGGACUGCUUCCUGUGCCGCCAUGAAGAAGCUCUUCAACAUAUGGAGAAGGAAGGAUGAGCCUCACAGUUCCUGCUUCCACCUACCCACAGGCCAGGCCAUCAUUGGUCCCUCCGCAUAUCCAGGCUACAACCUUCGAGAUAAGGGUUUAAAGAAACUUCACCAAGCUGCCGCAGUUGGGGAUUUAGAGAAGGUGAUGAAGUAUCUUCGGCUCAAGAAACAAGAUGUGAACAUGCAGGACAGAGAACACAGAACACCUUUGCACCUGGCUUGUGCUAAUGGAUAUUCAAAUAUUGCAUCUCUCUUACUUGAGAAAAAAUGCAAAGAAAACAUUCUGGAUGGAGAAAGUAGAUCUCCAUUGACUAAGGCAAUACAGUGUGACAAGGAGAGUUGUGCUGCUAUUCUUCUAGAACAUGGUGCAGACCCAAACCUGGUGGAUUUAAAUGGAAAUACUGCUCUUCAUUAUGCUGCCUCUCAUCAAAGAGUCUCAUUAGCUAAAAAACUGCUUGAACACAAAGCUAAUCUUGAAGCUCAAAAUAAGGAUGGGUAUACUCCAUUUUUACUUGCCGUUACUGAAAAUAAUGUGGAAAUGGUAAAAUUUCUUCUGAAGAGUGGGGCAGAUGUGAAUGCUUCAGAUAAAAAUCAGAGAACAGCCCUUAUGAUUGCUCUCAGUAAUGAACCAACAAGUUUAAUCAGCCUACUUCUUCAGCAAGAAGUGGACCUAUCUUGUCAAGAUAUUAUGGAUUUACAGCUGAGGAAUAUGCUUCUUUCAAUGGUUUUACUAUGUAAGUGAUAUAGCAUAUCUUUUUUACAUUGUGUGUAAUUUCAGAAUAAGGAAAGAAACAUGAGCCCUAAAGUACAAAGCAUACAAUAGGCAUAAGCGCAUGAUGAACUGUGGACCCAUGGA